AAGAGUCGCCUAGCAACGAGCACGCACGCGCUCCAGGCGCCAUUUCGCGGUUUGAGCAGCUCUUCAGUCCCAAUGGGAAAGCAAAGAGUCUCCGCGUUAAAUAAAACUUUUCUGCGCGUUUUAAAUGCCAAAGGGAUUCACUACGACUGGAGGACAUGUCCGAAAGUUCAUCAGGUGUGAACACCAGCAGUGGCAGUUUCCCCAAAUCACAUUCUUCCCAUUACUCUGAAGUCAGUGAUACACACACUCCUCUCUCAGUGGAGCACACAACAGACUCCGGCAUCGUCGCCACUCCACUGCCAUCCAGUCGAUUCCGAUUCACCUCAUGGCAUCAGAUCGAGGAAACCGAUGUUCGUGGAGACCAACUGGCUUGUCCAAGAGUCAGAGAGGGACCUGUAGAAGAUGACCAUGCUCUUAGGAGCGGGAAGAUCUUUAACAAGAAUAGCAGGAGGAAGAGGAGAGAAAAUGACGAGCAAACGUGGGAGGAGAGGCUGCAGGAGAAUUGGGAGAACUGUACGGAACUGAAUCUGUCCUACCAGGAUCUGGGAGAUGAGUAUCAGCUGGAAAAUUUCAGGCGAAUCCUGAGAAGGCUGAUCCGAGUGGAGCACCUGCAGCUGGUGGACAAUGCACUGUGUGACCUCAGCUCCAUCCGACUGCCAAGAUGUAAAAGCCUGAACCUGCACCGGAAUCACUUGAAGUCUCUCGCUCAGCUGCCAAAGAUCCCUGCAAUUGAGCAACUGUGUGUGUCUGAGAACAACAUCAGCAGUCUGGCAGAGCUGAAGCUGCUGGAACACACACCGCUGCACACACUCACACUCAGACAUAACCCCUGUGAGUUCUUGGAGGACUACCGCUCACGUGUAUUCUCCUAUUUGCCAAAACUCAAAGUCCUGGACGGCAUCCCAAAGCUGCCAGAAGAUUCGGUGCCUCUCUGUUUCCCAGAAUCCUCCAGGCUUUGUAUCAUUCUGUGAUGUUGGCAGAUCUUGGACAGGAUGUCCAGCCUAAUGGACAGGAACCAGCAAAAGCCAACAUCUCUUCUACCAGAAAUGAGAAUGUCCCAUUUCUAAAAUGCACUAUUUGUAUAUAAUUUGUCAGUUUGUAUUGCAAAUUAAAGCAGUCUAUUUUUUUGUUAUU